AAUACAAAAAUAGGAAAGGUUGAAUUUGAAUGUGAUAUUCAGUACAAAGAAAUAGCCACUGAGCAGGCAAAUACUACAGUAAAUUGUUACUACCAGUUUUAUGGAAAUAGGAAGUUGGAUUUUGAACAUGUUAAAACCGAGAUAGCCGACGACUCUCUUGAAAAUAGAGAAACUAUAUCUGAAAAUACUAAUAGAGAUCAAAUACAUGAAAUAAUUGAAUUAUCGAGUGAUGAAGACUGUGCACCCGAAAUAAUUGAAUUAUCAAGUGACGACGAAAGCCAAACACCCGAAAUAAUUGAAUUAUCGAGUGACGAAGAAGUGGUGUUUGAAGAAAACCAAACGGCUGUUUCUAGAGAUCGAACACCUGAAACAGCAGAAUAA